UUUAACUACCAAAUCCAGACUGGCCCGAUACUGAUGUACAAUAAGGAAAAAACCCAACCCUACAUGGAAUUUAGCUCUUCAAUCUGAAUGUGCAAAUCUUCCUCCUGACGCUAAGCCUCCCACUGGGACACUCCUGCGGUAUUCACGCCCCAUCUCCUUUGUGUCAGUCUCCACUAAAGCAGCAGCUGCUCUGGGCAGGAGGGGCUAGAGCAGCAUGAAGCCUGUGGCAGUCCCAGCAGGAGGCCUGGAUUCCCCACCAGCUGCUGAACCUGGGAGCAAACAUCCACAUCCAGUAGGAUGGGAAAAGGCUGGCAGGGGCUCUGCUCAGGCCCUGGUCACAUUUGAUGACAUCGCUGUGUAUUUCUCUUCGGAGGAAUGGGAAGAGCUAGCAAACUGGCAGAAGGAGCUGUACAAGGACGUGAUGAGGGAUAACUAUGAGGCUGUGAUCUCUCUGGACUGCGCUGCUGCCAAACCUGACAUUAUAUCCCAGAUGGAGCGAGGGGAGGAGCCGUGUGUCAGUGCUCACCGGGACUCCAGGGACAGACGAACAUCUGCAAAUCCAUCAUCUGCUCACACAGCUCUGAAUACUGCCUUCACAUCCUCACCAGCUGGGCCCUCUCCUGAAUCCCUGUCGUCUGAUCCCUCCUCCCACAAAGUGCACCUCUCUCCAUCCCCUGUGCAUUCCACUAGCCUGUGGAUUUGGGAGGCACACCUAGAGCACACAGACCAGGGAGACAACAUCAUGGACAUUGCUGAAUGCAUAGAGAGGCCUGGCAGUAGAUCUUCCCGGGCACUCAGUGGGGCAAUCCACGGCCAAGUGGAAAGUAAGGAGAAAGCACUGGACAGGGCAUUUUGCUCACCUCCAGCCUCACCUGGCCUACAUCCACAUUCUGAGCAACUCUAUGUACCUGGGCAAGUCCAGACAUCUGAAUCUGCUCACACAAAUCAAGGAUCUGAGAACAACACAACUAUGUUCAGAGCAAGGAGAACUGAGGAUCCUGCCUCUGCGCUCAGUCUGGAGAAGGAAUUGGGCAGCAUCACCCAGGAGAUGCGGACGGCAAGAAUCCACCUGGGUAGCAUAGCUAGCUCUCUGCUCGCUUUGUCCUCGGCAUUCCUGCCAGCUUCUGUGGAUAGCACAGGUCCAUAG